AUGGCGUUCAGAGCAAUUCUCUUCACUCCGCUGAUCUUGGUUUCCCUCGCCAUCGUCCUCACAGUGAUCAGGCGAACGUAUUCUUUGCUUCAGAAUUAUAUCGAAGCUCGGAAACUCGGGAUCUCCAUCGUGAUCGUCCCAGUCGAGUGGCACGAUCAAGCAUGGCUUUUGAUUCGGAAAUCGCUCAAAUGGAUCGGUUCCAUCCCUUUGCUAGGCUAUUGGUAUAAAUACAGCUAUUUGGGAUGGGUCCUGGACGAUCGACACAAACCACAUGAGAAGCUCGGUGAUGUCUUUGCCAUUGUGUCACCAAACGCGAUCGUCCUUGAGGUCAAUGAUCCACACGCCGGCCUUGUUCUACAGCGAGACUAUAAAACCUGGGUCAAGCCAAAAGAUCUCUAUGAAGUCUUUGACAUCUAUGGACCAGGUCUCGUCAGCGUCAACGGCGAAGACUGGCAACGACAUCGAAGAAUCGUGAAUCCCGCGUUCCGAGAACAAAACUACAAGCUAGUCUGGGAGGAGUCACUGAAACAGGCUGACCAAAUGCUCGAUCUCAGGAUGAACACCACCAAGGGCAUCGCCAGCAUGGCGGAUUGGCGAACAGACUUCCACCUCCUCGCCAUCCACGUUCUUUCAGCGGCGGGCUUUGGCCAUUCACACGACUUCUCCACGGGUCUGCAAGAAGUGCCCGAAGGGAAAACGAAGAGCUUCGCAGGAGCGCUGAACUUCCUGCUCAUGAACAUCUUACCGGUGAUCAUCUUCGGCAAGAUGAGAUUGCCUGGAUUUUUGACCUGGCCGAAGUAUCGCGAGCUCCACGGCGCUAUCAAGGAUUUCGGUGAGUACAUGGCGGAGACGGUGGCAUAUACCCGAGCCACGACGCAAAGUGGAGGUGGCGGUCGUCAAGCCGAUAUCGCCAGUGCUCUCAUCGAGGCCGACGAGGCGGCAAAGAGGGAGGACAAGCUCAACGGCAAGCCCUUCGGCAAGAAGCCGAACUACCUGAGUGAUGAGGAGCUAUAUGGUAAUCUGUACGCCUUCAACAUAGCUGGCUUCGACACGACUGCUGGAAGUCUCUCCUACGCAAUGCCAUUGCUGGCUUUGAACGAGGAUGUCCAGAAAUGGGUGGUUGAAGAGCUUGAUGCGGUUUUCGGGACCAAUUCGCCGGUGCAUUCAGAUUAUGAGACCAACUUCCCUAAGCUGACAAGGUGCUUAGCAGUAAUGCACGAAACGAUUCGCUUGUGGGGUCCUCUUCCAGAAAUGGCUCGCGUACCAGCUGGGGACGGCCAGAGUCUUCGAGUCGGCGACAAAGAGCUAUUCGUCACCAAGGACAUGCAGGUCUCGACCAACUUCUAUGGCAUCCACGCAGAUCCUCGCUGGUGGGGACCGGCGAGCCUCGAAUGGAAGCCUGAGCGCUGGAUCACGAAAGACAGCGACACUGGCUUGGAGAGCAUCAACUGUCCUGCGAUCGGAGCCACGUUCCUUGGGUGGAGUGCUGGGCCUAGAAUUUGCCCGGGCAAAAAGUUCAGUCAGGUCGAAUUCGUGGCCACUAUUGCCACUUUGCUGCAUAAAUUCAGGUUGAAACCCCUGGUAAUGCAGGAGCGGGGGAUGAUGGAUGAAGGCGAUGCCAGAGAGGCUCUGAGGAAAACUGUGGCUGCCUCACAAUUUAUGCUAACGACGAAGAUGAUCGCUCCGGAAAAUGCAGGUGUGGUGCUCGUGCGUUGA